CCAGGCGCCUAUCGCCUCUCGGAGAAACUCCGAAAGGGAGUUAGGCAAUUUAACAAGGUGAUCGCUGUGUGGUACGGGAGACAGCAACAACGAAGAGAGAGGUCGUCUUCUGACAGUUUUGUUUGGACGAAAGCAUUGAAGGUUGGACAGCCAACGCACCUUAGAUACCCCCAUCAACGACCGUAUACUUUCCCAUUCCGAGCCUUCCCCUCCAGUCCAGUAAAGAAGUGACUCCGGCGUAACACGCGACCUCGCAGCCGAUCUCGAAAUCUAAAUUGAACGCUCUUUAAGCUGCUCAGGACUCGCUUCGGUUCUGGUCUGCAGAGCAUUACUCUGCCCGCCGAACCGACCAGCUCAGCUACUGUACUUUAGUCUAUCGACCUUCGCCACGGAUCGUUACCCUGGAUUCUCGCCCACAUCAUUGCCAUGACAUCUACCGCUCCUCCUCCCACUCGCCGGACGACCUCCCUCAGUGGCUCCGCUAGACUGUCACUGUCCGUAGGUAGGACGGAAAGAUCUCCCUCAGGGGCUUCAGCGGAGCGUCAUCCACUCAGACAGGAAUGGUCAAUAUCGUAUGUCCACCGGCCGCCAGGUGCCAAGGUAGAUUAUGAGAAGGAGAUCAAGCGGAUUGCAAAGUUCGGAUCUAUCGAGUCCUUUCUGCACCUCUACUCUCACCUGACCCCGCCGAACGAACUGCCAGCGGUGACCGACCUGCUUGUCUUUGUCGGACGUAUAGGCAGACCUGGCGUCUGGGAAGAGAUGCGAGAUGGAGGAAAAUUUACCCUUCGGCUAGCUCAUCCCGUCACUCCUCUGCUCUUCGAGACUCUCCUGUUUUCCCUUUUGGGCGACCAGUUUGACGACGCGGAUGCCGUCGUGGGCUGCGUGCUCAGUGUGAGACAGACCGAGGAUAUCAUGAGCGUUUGGGUCGAGGAGGAAGGAGAGGGCGUCAAAUCUGGCGCUCUGAGAGAGAAGAUCUUGUCUCUACUCUCUCUCCCCCCCGGAACCAACUGCGAAUACAAAUCCAACCGAGCCCUCCUUGACGCAGCUUCCAAACCUCACGUACCGGCCGCUGCCGAUGGUAAUGCUCAUCCUCAUCACCAAAACCACUCUCACUCACAUCGUGAGGGACACAUCAGUAGAGAUCAUUCGCAUCGCGAGAGGGAUAGGGAGAGAGACAGACCGAGAGAGGGAGACAAGGACCGAGCGAAAGAGCACACACCAUGGGACGGUGGCAUUCCCGGUGGACAUCUCGCGGGAGGAAAUGGAGGCGAGUUUGACCGAGAGCGCACACCUUCCAGCAGGCAUGGACAUGGCUGGAAUCAACAUCAUCACACACAUAAUAAUCAAUGGCAUCCACCACGAGACCGUGGAGAUCGCGAGCGAGGAGAACCACGAGAGGGUCGAGAAGGUGGUCGGGGACCAAGAGAAGAGAGGGAUAGAGAAUCCUUUGUACAGAAAAGAGAGAAUGGAUGGUAAGGCUGACGGGGUCGGUGCACGUAGGCACGCGAGAUAUCUGCUCUCUGGGUCUUUAAAUGGGGCUCACAAUGCACAUCCUGAGAUGCCCA